AUGGCUAUUCUUGACCUGUCCGAUGAAAGCUCUCAGGGCAGCAUUUCAGCUCUAGACAGAGCACUUGUUCCUGGCUUGACUAGUAGUAGUGGUGGUGAUUCCAAAAGAAGCAUUGAAGCUGACGAAAGCGUAUCGUCGGAUUCAUCAUGCUCUGCCUCCACCUCGACAGUGGCCACAAACCUCGACAGCUCGAACCACUGUCAAGCACAGACAGCACGUCCCGAGAAACAGACGAGACGCGUCAAGUUCAGUGACAAAGCCAGGAUUCGCAAGAUCCCCCAUCACAGUUCGCUGACUGCAGAACAGAUCGCAGAAAUGUGGUUCAGCAAAGCAGAUUACAAAGCAUUACGCAAAGACUGUGCUCAAAGAAUCAAAUUCUUGGAUAAAGUGAAACUGAAGCAUCCCAAUGAAGCCCCCUUUUGCACGCGGGGAUUACUGAAUCACACUGCUGAAGCUCGAGCGAAGAAGAAUGCGUAUCGUGACGUCAUGUAUGAUGCUCUUGCACAAGCCAUGGACAAGGAAAUGGAGGAAGGUCUCGAUGAUGCCUUGGCCGAAAUCUGCAAGAUUUGCUCGGCCCCUUCGGUCAAGACUGCUCGUGUCCAAGGUCUCAGGGACGCAAAAGAUGCCCAGAAAAUCCAUGAACACAUGUCGUCUGGUAUGGUCGGCGUGAAGAUAUAA